UCCUCUGGAUGGGGGCACCACGUGCGGCAUUGUGGAGGAGGACGCGGAGGGGACGAGGCGGAGCCGGAGGUCACGGUGCUAGGUCGGCGGCGGGGAACCGGAAGGACGAGGACGGGGAGGCGCGCCACGACGGUGAGGGUGGAGGACGCCGGCGAGGCCAGGGGCCUGCCGCCGCCGUCGCCGGCGACGGGGCCGCACGCCGGCGGCAGGUCGCGCGCGCCGCGGCGGCAGGGCGAGACCAUCGCCAAGGGCCACAAGAACUAUGAGCUUAUGCUCAACCUCCAGCUCGGCAUCAGACACGCUGUAGGAAAACAAGGCCCUAUUACGCUUGAUCUCAGGUCAUCAGCUUUUGACCCAAAGGAGAAAGUAUGGACAAGGUUCCCUCCAGAAGGCUCAAAGUACACCCCUCCUCACAGUUCUUGCGAUUUCAAAUGGAAAGAUUACUGCCCGCAAGUAUUCCGGACAUUGCGCAAGUUAUUCAAGGUUGAUGCAGCAGAUUAUAUGUUAUCCCUUUGUGGCGACCAAGCUCUCCGGGAGCUCUCAUCCCCUGGCAAGAGUGGAAGCUUCUUUUAUCUCACAAGCAAUGAUCAGUACAUGAUAAAGACUAUGAAGAAAGCUGAAGUAAAGAUAUUUCUGAAGAUGCUUCGAGCUUACUACAAUCAUGUCCGGUCAUUCGAGAACACUCUGGUCACCAAGUUUUUUGGUCUUCAUUGUGUCAAGUUAGCUGGAGCUAACCAAAAGAAGGUUCGUUUUGUCAUAAUGGGAAAUCUGUUCUGUUCUGAUCACUUUAUCCAUAGGAGAUUUGAUCUGAAAGGCUCAUCCCUUGGACGUACGACUGACAAGCCACAGACAGAAAUCGACGAGUAUACUAUUUUAAAAGACCUUGAUCUUAAUUUUAUAUUUAGAUUGCAAAAACACUGGUACCAAGAGUUCCAAAGACAAGUCGACAAGGACUGCGAUUUUCUCGAGCAGGAAAACAUUAUGGAUUACAGUCUUUUGGUCGGUGUACAUUUUAGAGACAAAAGAGUUAUAAUGACUGAAGGUUCCUUUGAUAGUGAUAGCAGCAGAGGAUCAUCACCCCACCUAUCGUCUCACCUGUCUAGAGGAGAUACUGAUCCAAACAGGAUGUGCACGAUAAGGCUCGGGUCGAAUAUGCCAACAAAAGCCGAACUAACAGUACGGAGGACUGACUGUGAACCGCAGCUUAUUGGUGAGCCUACCGGGGAGUUCUACGACGUCAUAUUGUACUUCGGGAUUAUAGACAUACUUCAAGAUUAUGAUAUCAGCAAAAAGCUUGAGCACGCAUACAAGUCUUUCCAGUACGACCCGACAUCAAUCUCGGCAGUAGAUCCAAAACAGUAUUCCAGGCGCUUUAAAGAUUUUGUGUACAAAGCGUUCCAAGAAGACAACAUCUGAGAACACAUUUGAAACUGGAGAGCUACAAGGACAUGGAUUUAUGCGUUGAACUGUCAAAAACAUGAUGCUGCUCAUGACGCAGCAGGGUUUGAUGCCUCUACAUGUACUGUUGUAUAUCAUGAGUCAGCAGACUCCACUGGAUGAGAAGCUUCAGAGAUCAGGAUAAUCAUAAACCCUGCUUGCGAAAAGAUUCCAAGGAAACUUCAGCUGGCUGGCUCUCAUGUAGAAAUAAGGGAAAGCGGUGCGUUUUUAAUAACCAGGUCGAACUGUACAUUUUUUGCUUGUUUACAAAAUAGACACAGCUGCCUUUCUACAGGUGCUUUUUCCAGCCAGUGUAGCAUAGCGCAGCAAUGCCAAGCUAUGCCUAAAUAGCUAUAUACAUGCAUAUAGAAUUCACUAAUGUUAGUUUAGAUUGCUGACUUGAAGAUCCUUUACUCCACGUGCGCAUUUUCGGCACGCCUGAAGACUGAACUUACAGCGGUGUCUUGUAAUGGCAAGUUCAGAGAUGUAAAUGUUUUACCUGAGUUAACAUGCGACGCUUAUAUGAUACUGCACAAGUUCACCUUA